AUGUCAACUCUUUGUGCACCCUUGCCAGACGUUCAGCAGGACCAGUGGAGCAAGAAAAGGAAAACGGAGGCGGAUGAUGUGUUGGGCUGCAUGGGGGCAGGAUUGGCAUGUGGGCAGAGACUGGGAUGGACUCACCUGCACAGCAUUCUACUGAGACCAUUUGAGCUGCUGGCUGAGAUCCAUCCGAUGCUGGAAUAUUCAGUCACCUUCGGUACUGUUGGCAACCAGCUCGGCCCUAGGCCCCCUCGCGGAGCUAAGGCUGUCUCCGCCCGCAACGGCAGCCAGCUCACCCCUAGGCCCCCUCGCAGAGUUAAAGCUGUCUCCGCCCGCAGCGGCAACCAGCUCGCCCCUAGGUCCCCUUGCGGAGCUAAAGACAUCUCCGCCCGCAGCGGCAACCAGCUCGCCCCUAGGCCCCCUCGCAGAGCUAAAGCUGUCUCCGCCCGCAGCGGCAGCCAGCUCGCCCCUAGGCCCUCUCGCGGAGCUAAAGCUGUCUCCGCCCGCAGCGGCAACCAGCUCGCCCCUAGGCCCUCUCGCGGAGCUAAAGCUGUCUCCGCCCGCAGCGGUAACCAGCUCGCCCCUAGGCCCCCUCGCGGAGCUAAGGCUGUCUCCGCCCGCAACGGCAGCCAGCUCGCCCCUAGGCCCCCUCGCAGAGCUAAAGCCGUCUCCGCCCGCAACGGCAACCAGCUCGCCCCUAGGCCCCCUCGCAGAGCUAAAGACAUCUCCGCCCGCAGCGGCAACCAGCUCGACCCUAGGCCCCCUCGCGGAGCUAAAGCCUGCUCACACUUAGGCCACCUCGUGGAGCUAAAGACGUCUCCGCCCACAGUGACAACCAGCUCGCCCCUAGGCCCCCUCGCGGAGCUAAAGCUAUCUCCGCCCGCAGCGGCAACCAGCUCGCCCCAGGCCCCCUCGCAGAGCUAA